GUUGUUAUUAUUCCAGGAAGAGGACGCGGGGAAAGCACUGAACUGCGUCAACAAUUGUUUUUAUGAUACUUUCAAAUUCCAGGUGUAAUUCGACAUGGCAACUGGCCACUGCUGAGUGAUUUAUGGCACUGUUCCUGGAAGGGACUUUACUAAGCAACAACAUGGACACAUCAAAUUUUGCUCACGUCAUCUUCCAGAAUGUGGGUAAGAGUUACCUGCCUCAUGCUGCGCUGGAAUGUCACUACACCCUGACGCAGUUCAUCAAACCUCAUCCCAAAGACUGGGUCGGCAUAUUUAAGGUUGGUUGGAGCACAGCGAGAGACUAUUACACAUUCUUGUGGUCGCCUCUCCCUGAGAACUAUGUGGAGGGAACCACAGCCAACCGAACAGUGGUCUUUCAGGGAUAUUAUGUGCCCAACGAUGACGGUGAGUUCUACCAGUUCUGUUACGUGACCCACAAAGGGGAGAUCCGGGGAGCCAGCACGCCUUUCCAGUUCCGCGCCAACAGCCCUUCAGAGGACGAGCUGCUGACAGUGGAGGAUGAAUGCAACUCUGACAUCCUGGUGGUCACCACCAAGGCCGGUUUCUUCGAGCAAAAGAUGGAAGAAGCCCAGAGAGAGAAAGAAGAGUUGGUCAAAAACAUGGCCCUCCUGCAGCAGGAGAAGGAUCAGCUGGAAGCUGAGAAGGAGAGUCUGCAGAAGGAGUUUGAACAGGAGAAAGAAACCUGUGUCCAGCUGAGACGAGAGAACCACGAGGUGCAGAAUUCAUCCCAUGCCCUCCAAGAGGAGAAAGAGGAGGUAAAGAGGAGGCUGGACGAGGCCACAGCCAGAGUUAUACAGCUGGAGGAGGACUUGAUUGGAGUCACUCAGAAGGGCCUUCAGAAAGAAACUGAGCUGGACAAUCUUAGGGAUCGAGUGAAGAAGCUAACAGCUGAGAAGGACUUGCUUGAAUCCCAUCUGAAAAAUGAGAAAGAUGAGAAAGAACUGUACAAGAUUCACCUAAAAAACCGGGAGCUUGAAAACACUAAAUUAAGUGCAGAGCUGCAGAUGCUGAAGUCUGUGGACGUGAACAAGGAAAACACAAUUGCCCAGUUUAAAGAGGAGGUGGGACGUCUGCAGGCAUGCCUCACUGACAAGGAGAAACAGUACAGAGAGAUCCUGGCCAAAGUUCCCCCCUUGGGAGAUAUGAAGGCCCUGAAGGAGCAGCUGCGGCAGAAGGAGGAGCAGCUCCAGGCCAACCAGCAGCAGUCCUCCUUGUUAGCUGCUGAGCUGAGGGACGCCUCCAGCACCAGAGACCGUACCAUGUCUGAGCUCUACCACAUGAAGCUGGAGGCAGAUGCCCUCCGUCAGGCCAAAGCUGAAGCUCAGGCCCAGUGUGCCCGUCUGGAGCGCCUGGUGGAGCAGAUGAAGGCAGAGGCAAAGCAGGAAGCUGCCAAAGCAGAAGAGGAAGCGGCUGCAGACCCAGCUGUUGUAGCAGAGCUGCAGAGAGAAGUGGAGGACCUGAAGCUGCGGCUGCACAUGGCAGCAGAACAUUACAAGGAGAAAUACAAGGAAUGUCAGCGCCUGCAAAAACAAGUGCUGAGACUCUCUGAACAGCCAGGGGAUGUUAAGAGAACCUCAGUUCAAGAGGCAACAUUACUUCCUGCAUCAGGGAGUCCAGAUACAUCAGUACCAGGGAGUCCAGGUUCAGCUGAUCCCAUGCUGGAAGCCAUCAUCCAGGAAAAGCUCAAAGGCAUCAGCAGAGAGGCGUCUGACAGGAACGACAAAUACAGAAAAUGCAAGCAGAUGCUGGUGGAGGAGAAGGAGCGUAGCUGCAUGUUUGCUGAUGAGCUGGCAAAGAUGGAGGUGAAAUUUAAGGAGCAACUGAAGACCAAUGAAAACCUGAAACUGCAGUUGGCAGCAGAGGAAGAUCGCUAUAAGAGCCAAAUAGCUGAGAAGGGACGGGAGCUGAAGGAGCUAAAGGACACACUAUCACUUUUUGUUAAGGACAAGGAAAAACUGGAGGGGGAUCUCCAGAAAGGCACCAGGAAGGGUGAUCAGGGCGUGGGUGAGAAAACCAGUCCAGACGUCACACAGUCCAGUGUGCCUUUAUUCCUGCAGUAUCCUGUCCCUUACGCCCAGGAUGCCCCGACCCCUCUGCUGGUAUCUCAGAGCCCAAGCAAGCUGCAGUUUGGAAACCCUUACUCCCCCUCAGACUCAAAAGAUGAGGAAGAUGAGGAGUUCUCAGAUGACCAGCUGCUGAGGCUGCCCCCUGUGGGCCCACCCUCCUGGGACAGUAAUGUGGUGUGUAUCCAGCCCACACGCAAUUCCAGCAGGCCAGAAGGCCAUGAAGAAUCAGAGGAGAAGCAGAACAACAACAAUGCUAAUACCAACGAGCAGCCUGCAGCAACUGAAACACACAGCCCAUUUGUGAAUGAUGGACAAACUGCCUUCUGCUUUGAUCCAAGCAUGGACAUGAAGCGGUGUCCACUGUGCGAGGUCAUCUUCCCGCCCAACUACGACCAGAGUAAGUUUGAGGAGCACGUGGAGAGCCACUGGAAGAUUUGCCCAAUGUGCAGCGAGCAGUUCCCGCUGGACUGCGACCAGAAGGUGUUUGAAAAUCACGUGCUCACUCACUUUGACGGCCACCCGCUCAACUUUGAUUAGAGAAACAUAAAAAAAAUCUGCACAUCCUGUCAGCCUACUUCCUGUCGCCAACGAAAUAAUUCCCUGCACAUUUUUCUGCAUGUAAUGGUGUGAAGAUCCAGUCUUUAGGACUAUAACGACUUUCGCUUUGUUACUCCAGCUUAGAGAAACACUUUGAAUUGAUGUGACAUUUUAAAAUGUUCUAAUUCGGUGUAUGGGUCAGGGCUUCUGAAUCUGUUGGCAGAUCAGACAAUUUUUUUUAUUAUAGGUGAAAUGUUUCCCUUCAAUUGGAUUUGAAGACUAAUUUAAGAUGAUAAUACUGUUUUAAGAAUAAAUACUGACUUUAAAUGGACUCAGCUUUUAGCCUGCAGGAUGUAACGAAUCAGGGACAGAGAUCAGUGUUUACCAAACUUACAUUCAAGACAUCAAACCAAAUGGUCCCCCCUUAAACAUCACUGUACAAGAGAUUUACUCAUUCUUUAUAAAUAGCAGCCUUGGGGCACUGAAUGCAGUCAGGGAGAAAUCAUCAGUGAUUAUACAUUAUAUCAUCAGAUCAUCUAUUUUAGAAUAAUUAAAGCCAAUGACAUUGUGAAAGCCUUGAUUUUUUGUUUAUCAUAGGUUUGUGUUCUGUUAGGUUCACUUUGUUUUGAUUUAUUUGUUUUUUGUGUCUUUAAGAACUUUCAUAUCAUCAGCUAAUCAGUGCAUGCUGAGCUUAUGUUAAACUUCCUUCUGUUUAUUUCCUUCUUUUAAAGCAUUAAGUUAUUUUACUCAUAGAAAUAUCUCAUUGGUAAGGUGAGUUUCAUGUAUCAAAUAUAAACUAAUAAAGUCUGUUCGAAACUGA